AUGGCGGACCACCAUCAGAAUCAAAAAGACCAGAAAGAACAGAGAGAGCCCAUUGUCGAUACCAGGACGGGAAUCACACCACCCAAACCCGAUGAUGAGUCGACUUUGGCGAAGCUCCGGAGAGAACUUGGAGGCCCGUUCAGGCAGGCCGCGACACUGCUAGGCGCGGUGGCCGAGCCAGUGCCAGACCAGACUGGCGAUGGGUCGAAGUUGACCCCCGAAGACAAGAAUGCUCUGUACAAGAAGAUUGAAGGCGACCUGAGGGAUAUGACCCAUUUGGGCAUAUCCGACGUGGAGACGUUGAUCAAAAUCUUCUCUGAUAAAGUCACCGGUGAACCCGUCGAUGAUAAGACGUACCUUAUGGAAGGGCUGAUCCGAACUGCGGCGAAGCUGCCCGAUGAAUCGAAGAAUCGUGAGACUUUAACACAUCAGUUCCUCACACAGUUAUGGGGAGAUCUGCAGCAUCCUCCGCAAUCCUAUCUCGGGACCAAGUUCCAGUACCGCUCUGCAGAUGGGUCGUUUAACAGCCUGGUCCAUCCACAGCUCGGAGCAGCGGGGACUCCGUACGCGAGAACCGUGAAGCCAAGCAUGAUCCAAACUCCGGCGAGGCCUGAUGCAGGCGUUGUCUUUGACAGCGUAAUGGUGAGGAAACACAGGGAGCUUCAUCCCAACCGGAUCUCGAGCGUUCUGUUCUAUCUCGCCUCCAUCAUCAUUCACGACUGCUUCCGGACGGAUCACAGGGAUUAUUCCAACUCGCUCACGUCUUCUUAUCUGGAUCUUGCACCUCUGUAUGGAAGCAACCAGGCAGAACAAGAUCUCAUGAGAACCAAAAAGGACGGAAAGAUCAAGCCAGACUGUUUCUCCGAAGCCAGACUUCUUUUCUUUCCCCCUGGUGUGGGCGUGCUGCUGAUCAUGUUCAACCGUUUCCAUAACUACGUCGUUGAGAACCUUGCCGCCAUCAAUGAGGGCAACCGGUUCCCGAAACCCACGCCUCCUGCGAACCCUGAAGACAAGGCGGCUCAGGAUGCAUACGAAAAGAAGCUUGCAAAAUACGAUGAGGAUCUUUUCCAGACUGGCCGAUUGAUCACUUGCGGGCUGUACUGCAACAUCAUUCUAGUCGACUACGUCCGCACCAUCCUCGAUCUCAACCGCACAGACAGUAACUGGCAGCUCAAUCCCCGUGCUGAGAUGAAGGGCGUACCAAUUGGUGUCGGCAAUCAGGUCUCAGCAGAGUUCAACCUCGUCUACAGGUGGCACUCGACGCUCUCGGAUCGCGACGAGAAGUGGACGCAGGAUCUGUGGGACGGCCUGUUUGGUAAAGGACGCGACCCGAAAUCCGUCGGCAAGGGUGAGUUCCUCGGCAAGCUGAAUGAAGAGUAUGGGAAGAUGGAGACGGAUCCAUCGAAACGAAAAUUCGCUCAUCUGCAGCGCAACGAGGACGGCACCCUCCCGGACGAUGGCCUUGUCGAGAUUUUCGCGGAAAGUGUUCGCGACUGCGCCAACUCCUUUGGACCUAACAGGGUGCCUGAGGUUAUGCGCGCCAUCGAGGUGCUCGGUAUCGAGCAGGCGCGGUCCUGGAAUCUGGGUUCGCUAAACGAGUUCCGCAAGUACUUUGGCUUGGAGCCGCAUCGGUCAUUUGACGACAUCACCAGCGACAAGUAUGUUGCGGAGCAGCUCAAGCAUCUCUACGACCAUCCGGACAAGGUUGAGAUUUACCCGGGUAUCGUCGUCGAAGAUGCGAAGAAACCCAUGGCACCAGGUUCGGGCCUUUGCCCUCCUUAUACAGUCUCCCGUGCGGUGCUGUCGGAUGCCGUCGCCCUCGUUCGCGGAGACCGCUUCUACACGAUUGACUACAAUCCCCGCAGUCUCACGAACUGGGGUUACAAGACAGCGGAAGGUGACCUGGGUGUAGACAACGGUUGCGUCUUCUACAAACUCAUCCUUCGUGCCUUCCCCCAGCACUUCGCUCAGAACAGCGUCUACGCACACUACCCCCUCACCAUUCCGUCCGCAAUGGAAGAAGCCCUGAAAGACCUGGGUAAGGACCAUCUCUACGACUUCGACGAGCCUUCCGUCACGCACCACCCCAAGUUCGUCUUCAGCUACAAGGCGGCCACGACGCUUAUGGAGAACAAGGCCGACUUCAAGGUCACCUGGGGCAAAGCGAUGGAGUAUCUCAUGGGCCCCGCCGCGAAGGACUUCAUGCUUGCCGGUGACGGGCCUGCCAACGCCAGCAGCCGCUCCAUGAUGAGCAAGGCGCUCUACAUCUCCGAGUGGGACAAACAGCUGCGGGCCUACUACAUGGCCAAGACGCGCGAGCUUCUCAAGGAGAAGAGCUGCCAGAUCGCCGACUUCCACCAGGUCGACAUCAUCCGCGACAUUGGGAACCUGACGCACGUGCACUUCUGCGCCGAGCUCUUCAUGCUCCCGCUCAAGACGGAGGAGAGGCCGCACGGCAUCUUCACCGAGGCGGAGCUGUACCUCAUCAUGAGCGCCGUCUUCGCCCUCGUCUUCUUCGACGUCGACGUCGCGGGCUCGUUCCCCCUGCACGUGAAAGCGCACGCGGCGACGCAGACGCUGGGGAAGCUCGUCGAGGCCAACGUCGGGGCCAUUGCGCGCUCUGGCCUCCUGAGCGCGCUCAUGCAGAAGGUCUGGCCCAACGACUCGGUCCUCCAGCACUACGGCAUCCACAUGAUCAAGCGGUUGCUGGACUCGGGCAUGGAUCCCGAGACGCUCGUCUGGGGCCACAUUCUGGGGACCGCGGGCGGCAUGGUGAGCAACCAGGGCCAGCUCUUCGGUCAGACCAUCGAGUACUUCCUCACGGGCGAGGGCAAGAAGCACUGGCCGGCCAUCCAGGAGCUAGCAGCGAAGCCCGACUCGGACGAAGCCGCUUUCGAGACGCUGAUGCAUUACUUCCUCGAGGGCUCGCGGCUGAACGGCGAGACGGGCGUCUUCAGAGACGUAGCGAGGGAGACGACGAUCCAGGAUGGAGAACGGCAAUUCACUGUGCAUCCUGGCGAUCGCGUCUUCGUCAAUCUCCGCCAGGCGAGCCGCGACCCGGAGGCGUUUCCGGACCCGGACGAGGUCGAUCUCAAGAGGCCUUUGGAUUCGUACAUCCAUCUUGGAUACGGACCGCAUCAGUGUCUUGGGUUCCCCAUGACGCGUAUCUCGCUGACAACGAUGCUGCGGGAGGUGGCGAGGUUGCCUGGGUUGAGGCCCGCGUUGGGGCCCCAGGGUAAGGUGCAUAAGGUGGAGAAGAGGGAGUUGGGCGGCAAGUAUCCGUAUCAUGCGUACUUGACGGAGAAUUGGGAUGGGUUUUGGCCGUUUCCUUGCUCGCUUAAGGUCAAUUGGGACCCUACUGAGUGA